UAUCUUCUGAAUUCAUUGGGAAGAGAGAAUGGUGACUGUGUCUCCAGCUUCACCUUGCCAUGCAGGAUCCUCAGUUUGAGAACAAGAACUGACAUCAUGCAAACCAGAGAGUUCCUCAUAGGAAUGAUUUUCAUCUCUCUGACUAUAAUAGGAGUUCUAGGGAAUUUCACUCUUCUAUACCAAUAUAUAUGUUUUUAUAUAACAAGGUAUAGGUUAAGAUCUACAGACUGGGUUCUGAUGCACAUGGUUGUAGCCAAUAUCUUAACUGUACUGUGUAAAGGAGUGCCCCAGACAAUAUCCUAUUUUGGAUUUGAAGACUUUCUCAAUGAUAUUGGAUGCAAAUUGGUUUUUUAUGUACAUCGACUAUGUAGGGGUGCUUGUCUUGGCAGCACCUCAUUUCUUAGUGUGUUUCAGGCAAUCGUCAUCAGCCCUAGGAUCUCCAGGUAUCCAGAAUUUAAAGUGAGAACACUCAAGUGCAUUUGUUACUCUGUGUACCUCAACUGGGUAUUUUAUUCAUUUAUAAGCAGCGUUUUUAUUGUGAACAUGAGAGCAAAAUGUGGCAACGAAAGCGCAACAAAACUGAAAUCUUUUAUAUACUGUUAUUCUGUCAAACAUGAUCCAACCAGUGACAUGCUUUAUGCAACAUUACUGACAUUUCCUGAUAUGCUUUUGCUGGGGCUAAUGCUAUGGGCCAGUAGCUCCAUGGUUCUCAUGCUGUACAGGCACAAACAGAUGAUACAAUAUAUGUCUAAGACCAGUGUUUCUUCUAGAUCCUCCCCUGAGUCCAGAGCCACUAAAACCAUCCUUCUCCUGGUCAGUACUUUUGUCUCCUUUUCCACAAUUUCUUCCAUUUUUCACUUCUCCAUAGCUCUUGUGUACAGUCCCAGCUGGUUGAUGGUGAAUAUGUCUUCAAUGUCCACUCUGCUUUUCCCCACUGUUUGUCCCUUUCUGCUCAUGAUUCAAGACUCUCGGGCAUCCAGUUACUUGAAAAGGAAUAGAUACUUCCCCAAAGCCUCUGACCAAGAACAGAAUUGA